AUGACCCGAUGCGCAACAUUGAGGUCUUUGCCGCUGUCGAGGAAGACAGCUCCUAUCAAAGCCUCAACCGUGGUUGCCUUCACGUUUUUCCCCGCCAAGAUUUGUGAAGAGUUUAGAUUGAUGCAUGCCGUGAGGCCGAUCCUAUCGCAUAAAGCCGCGAAGUUGUCGUUGAUGGCCAUUGAUUUCAACUGCCUGUCCGCCACCACUGAACCCGCCAGGCUGUCAGAUCAUGUUCACGCGACCAUCAAGGGGUUGACUGAACAGCGGGAUCAUACCUCUGUAGUCGUUCGCUUCAACUACGUUCUGAACGAUGACGAGACCGAUGACCUUAUCGCCGAGGAGAGCCAGGCGCUUAUUGCCUUCAUCGAUGGCGCGGUCCCGGAUGACGAGUACGUCAGACCGGGCGCCUUGUAA